AAAAAACAUUUAAAGUUUCAAUCAUUUGAUCACUAAUUGAGUGAUUGUUUUGGCCUUUGAUUUGAAUCGACAGACAUUUGGAUGUAUUGUCUGUGCAAUGGAUUCAAGCGAUGGAUGUAUUGGUCUUUACUGCGGAAGGACUCAAUUCGGUGACAAUAAUUACAGCGAUUGUGGUUCAUGUUUGCGUGGCUUUCGUGUCGAUGGAAACGGUGUAUGCGUUGAGUGUCUGCAGAAACCAAUGUUUUACGACUGGCUUUACAUAACAUUUAUGGCAUUUAUUUUAGUCAUCAUUGAGUGGUAUUUGACCGAAGAAUGUGUCAAAAGAAGACAAUUGACUUUCGAUGUCCUGGUAUUGCAUUCAGUGGUUCUCUUCGAGAAUAUUGUGUCGCUUCUCAUCAGCCUUUUGGUGACCGAACCGUUUGGCUCUCUUCAGCUCAACACAUGUCCACCGAAACGAUUGUCUGAUUUCUAUACCUUAUUCUUCAAUCCAUCGCCAGAUUAUAAGACAACCAUAUAUUGCACUCAAGAAGCAGUCUAUCCGUUAUAUUCAAUGAUAUUUAUAUUUUAUGCCAUUUCUCUUCUUCUGCUUCUCUUCCGAUCUCUUUAUUUAAGACUCAUUUCAUUUGUAUUUAAACUCUUUUCGGGAAACGAUUUUCUCCACGAUUUACUCAAAGACCCGAACACUACAAAAACCAUUUACUUAACUCUUUAUGUCAUUCCCGGCCUUUCGUUCAUUCACGCCGUCUUUUGUGGACUCAUUUUAUCGGUGGCCAUACAUAUGGCCUCACAAUUGGAUCAAAGGCCUUCAAAACUAUUGAAGUCGUUGUUUCAGAAGAAAAAUGGUCUGAUAAUAGUGUGCCAUUGGUUUGUGCACAUGUAUGGCAUCAUAUCUCUCACUCAGCUCAAGAACCCAUCCGUACAUUUGCCUCUCCUAUGUUUGGCUCCCAUUCCGACCAUAUUCUAUAUAAUGACCGCUAAGUUUACGGAUCCAAACAAAUUACACGCCGAAUAACAUAUUAAUUCAAUUCAUUUUUAUUCAUUAUUUUGUAAUAUUAUUGAAUAUUUUUUGGCACAAAAAUAACAUUAUUUUACAGUUCAGUCUUUUUUUCAUUACU